GGCCCGCAGCCUGGGGGCCCGGGUGAGCCGCAGGAGCGCUGUUGCUUAUCACAAGUCCAAAACUAGGCAAAUCUUUCCAGAUAUCCUUUUUUAAAAACUCCCUGACUCGUCAGGAAUAAAACAUUCACAGCCGUGGUAUUUGGAAGAUAUUUAUGCAGCCCAGUUAGAGCAUUAAGUUUUUUGCCCGAUAAAAAAAAGGAAUUUUUACAGACUGGACCAGACCUUCAAGAUUUUGUAUCUGGUGAUCUUGCGGAUAAGAGUACCUGGGAUGAAUAUAAAGGAAAUUUAAAGCGUCAGAAAGGAGAAAGAAACAACCUGACCAUUUUAUACUUCGACCUCCCAUUUUGUCGAAAAGCAUUGAAAGUAAGAUAUACAGAAGGAAAGAAAGGUUAAGACUGCCUCCAUGGUUAAAGACAGAGAUACCCAUGGGUAAAAAUUAUAAUAAACUGAAAACUACAUUGCGGAAUUUAAAUCUCCACACAGUCUGUGAGGAAGCCCGCUGUCCCAACAUUGGGGAGUGCUGGGGAGGUGGAGAAUAUGCCACAGCCACAGCCACAAUCAUGUUGAUGGGGGACACCUGUACAAGAGGUUGCAGAUUUUGUUCUGUUAAGACCGCAAGAAAUCCCCCUCCUUUGGAUGCCAAUGAGCCCUACAAUACGGCCAAAGCAAUUGCUGAGUGGGGCCUGGAUUAUGUUGUCCUGACUUCGGUGGAUCGAGAUGAUGUGCCUGAUGGGGGAGCUGAGCACAUUGCCAAGACUGUGUCAUGCUUGAAGGGAAGGAAUCCAAAAAUCCUUGUGGAAUGCCUCACCCCUGACUUCCGAGGAGAUCUGAGAGCAGUAGAAAAGGUUGCUCUAUCAGGAUUAGAUGUGUACGCACAUAACGUAGAAACGGUUCCGGAAUUACAGAGGAAAGUUCGUGAUCCCCGGGCCAACUUUGACCAGUCUCUUUGUGUAUUGAAACAUGUCAAGAAAGUUCAGCCUGAUAUUGUUACCAAAACAUCAAUAAUGCUGGGCCUAGGUGAAACAGAUGAGCAAGUCCACGCAACAAUGAAAGCGCUCCGUGCAGCUGAUGUGGACUGUUUAACUCUAGGACAAUAUAUGCAGCCAACAAAACGCCACCUUAAGGUUGAAGAAUAUGUUACUCCUGAGAAGUUCAAAUACUGGGAAAAAGUAGGAAAUGAGCUUGGAUUUCAUUAUACUGCAAGUGGCCCUUUGGUGCGUUCUUCAUAUAAGGCAGGUGAAUUUUUCCUGAAAAAUCUAGUGGCUAAAAGAAAAACAAAAACUUCAGAAACUUAGGCAAGACCUUCAGGAUCACAGGAAUAUUAAGAUUUUGCUUCCAGUUGGUGUCAGGUUGGUGCCAGCCUUUCAUGUUCCUGUGCAUGUGCAGCAGUACUGUUGAGUCUGAAAUGUCUGAUGUCUGAUCCAGGAAUAAUAAUAGCAUAUAGCUGAAAUUCCACUCAGGCCAUCCCACUACCUGAGUAAGACCCUGUCUCUACAUAAAAAUAAAAAAGAAGAGAAAAGAAACAAGUCUGUAAGCUAUACAUACUUAAUUUAACUUCUUGCCACUUUCUUUGUCCUUGUCAUUUUUUGUGAUGAUAUAAUCAUAGAAUAUCUUUGAACAGUUUGCUAUUACAAUUGUAAUUUAAAAGUAUAUUAACAACAUUUGA